UUGCGUGUUUCUUUUCCCGUCUCCACAAACCUUUUCAUAUUCACACACAAACACACCCAAACCACCCCAAACCUAACCAGAGCCCCGGGUUUUUUUUUUUUUUUUUCUCGGUCUCCUCCUUUUUUCGUCGACGAUUUUCCAUCUUUUCUCGAGGAAGUUGGCAGUUAAGUCUGCUUUAUUAGCAGUUCGCAAAAGUGGAGGAAGUCAAGUUUGAACCUUCUUUUAUGUCUGAGCGGGUCACUCACUUUUUGUCAUCAAUUGGAUUGCUUGGAGAGUAUUGUCCGACGUCCAGGAAAAAGGACGGAAGUACUGCCGAUAAGGUUGGCUGCAUGCAUCUUGGGUUAAUAGAGGGCUGUAAGACUCACUUCCUUGGUUAUCUGUUUAUGCGGCCCUUUCCAGUUGCGAGUAACUUGUCUCUGAAAAAAAGAUCCCUAGUCCCCGUAGGCCCCACUGUUCAAUUGUGCCCCUUCUGAUUACGUCCAUAACUUUGACAAGAUGGCUCUGCAGAAUAUUGGUGCUUCAAACCGUGAUGAUGCCUUCUAUAGGUAUAAGAUGCCAAAAAUGAUUACUAAGAUCGAAGGCAGGGGAAAUGGCAUCAAGACUAACAUUGUUAACAAUGUGGAGAUUGCUAAGGCCUUGGCUAGACUUCCCUCCUACACCACUAAGUACUUUGGCUGCGAGCUUGGGGCCCAAUCCAAGUUUGAUGAAAAGACUGGGACCUCUCUCGUGAAUGGGGCCCAUGAAACUGCAAAACUUGCUGGACUUCUUGAGAACUUCAUAAAGAAAUAUGUCCAGUGCUAUGGCUGUGGGAACCCUGAAACUGAGAUCAUUAUUACGAAGACACAAAUGAUUACCCUCAAAUGUGCAGCUUGUGGGUUUGUUUCGGAUGUGGACAUGAGGGACAAGCUUACAACCUUUAUUCUUAAGAAUCCUCCAGAGCAGAAGAAGUCAUCCAAGGACAAGAAGGCUAUGAGGAGAGCUGAAAAGGAGAGGCUGAAGGAGGGUGAAGCUGCUGAUGAGGAGCUGAAGAAGCUUAAGAAGGAGGCAGGAAAGAAGAAAGGCACUUCUGGGAGUUCUAAAUCAUCAAGCAAGAAGAAAAACAAUGGUUCAGAUGAGGAUCACUCCCCUACGCACAGCCAGGCUGAUGAGAAUGAUCACGCCGCUGCUGGUGACGACGACGAUGAUGACGUGCAGUGGCAGACAGACACAUCCUUGGAGGCAGCUAAACAACGUAUUCAGGAGCAGCUGAGUGCUGUUACUGCCGACAUGGUCAUGCUAUCUACAACUGAAGAAAAGCAAAAGUCAGUGAAAAAGUCUCCAGAGCGUGAAAAGAAACCUAAGAACGGAAAUGAGAACGGCAGUGUUGGCAAUACCACCAAAAGAAAGCUGGCCAAGGAGAUAAAGGAAUACCUGAAGAAGGGCUCAUCUUUAAGCCAGCUCCAAUCUUUUUUGGCCUCGCUCUCAGGAACACCCCAGGAAGUCAUGGAUGCCCUACUCGAAGCUCUUUUCGAAGGUGUUGGAAAGGGAUUUGCAAAAGAGGUGACAAAAAAGAAGAAUUAUCUAGCAGCCGCCAUUCAGGAGGGCGGAUCUCUGUCUCAGACGGUGCUGUUACAUGCUAUUGAAUCCUUCUGUGGAAAGGCCAACCCUGAUGCUCUGAAGGAGGUGGCUUUGGUUCUGAAGGCCCUCUACGACGGUGACGUUUUGGAGGAGGAAUUCAUACUAGAGUGGUAUGAGAAGGGUUUGGUUGGUGACAACGAAAGCUCCCAAAUCUGGAAGAACGUCAAGCCCUUCGUGGAGUGGCUCCAGAGCGCCGAGUCUGAAUCUGAGGAGGAGUGAUUCUUGAUGCAGUUGCUGGCGUUUCUAGAAUUGUCGUUUUACUUUCGCGUCUUUCAGUGUCGUCGUUUGCGUGCAGUUUAUACAGUGGGUGUUUGAUGUCUCGAAAUAAAGGGCGAGGUCUUGGUCUAGUACUUGGGUUUUGCUCUAUAAAGGUCACUCUAGUCGGUCCAGUGUUUGGUUUGGCCAUCGUCUUUGUGUUUUUUCCUUUGGGUGUUACUUCUUUAUUAAUGAUUCUGUUAAAGUGGAGUUUGCUAUUUUAGUCAAGUUUCUUUUAUCUGGUA